CUUUGAUAGAUCACUCCAAUGUUAUCUCCUAUGCUCGCAUACUAUCUUUACAACUUAUCAUAACGGUUCUAUGAUUAUAGUUUACUUGGGCACAUAGUAAGCACUACGUGUAACCUUUACAAUAUAACGAAAUACAUCAUGCAGCAUGAAUGUAUACUUGUUUUUGGGUGCUCAGAUAAGUUGGCAAACUCUGGUUUGAAAGCCGAUGAAAGGGCAAUCGCAGCACAAGGCAUCCCCAUGAGAGCAGUCUCCACUGGUUCAGCUAUACGAAAUGGAGAAACCCAUGUAGAAAAUCUUCCAGCAGCAUGUUUGAUCCCUGAAGAUGAAAUUGAUCUUGCCAUUCGCGAAAUAGACUGCAAAGCGAUAAAGAUUGGUGCCUUGAUUUCCGAGAAAUCAAUUCAAAUUGUGUCCAGUACCUUGCAGCAAAACAAGCAAUUGAUGUCAGUCAUAGACGUCGAGCCUUUCUUCAAAGCAAGCCCUACGCCUAAGCCUGAAGAAAUCACAGCACUCAGGAAGGAUAUACUGCCAUUUAUAAAUAUCCUUUCUGCAACAGUUCCUGAAGUCAAGGCACUGUUAGACGAAGCUGGCAUCUUAAUCGAUUACCCAAAAAGUAUUCAAGAUGUAAUAUCGAUGGCAAAUACCUUACGAAGUUUAGGACCCAAAUACGUGAUUAUAAAAAGAGAGAUCUUCGACGAGGGUGAUGGGACGACGACACUGCAUUUCGUUUUAUGCGGGGAUGCAGAGCCUCUAAUAGUGGCUUCCCGCUUUGAAAAUCCGAAAAGGUUAUUUGGAGCAAGCUAUUCCAUCCCUCCGGCGAUUACGGCAUACCUAGCUAAAGGAUAUGGUGUUCCAGAAGCAGUGUCUGCAGGCUUUAAGUUCGCCGAAGAGAUGCUUAAAGGAGGACAAUAUUUUGAUUGA